AGAUAGAUAGGGAAAAAAAAAAAAAAAACAUAUCUUGCCCGACAAAUUUUUUUUUCCUCCUCUCCCAAAUCGUUCAUCGCCGUUGCCACUCCGCCUCAUCCGCCGAUUGUAACUCCGUGUUCAGCGGGAGCUUAAAGAAACCACUGCGCCGGCGUGACUAGUGCUAUUCCCGCUACCAUAUGCACUCAUUGUUUCAUUUUAAGUAAAUAAAAAGAAUUUCAACGCAGCUAGGUUGGGUUUCAAUAGAAGAAAGAGGAAGGAGGAAGCGGAAUCGCCAUGAAAAGGGUCACUACAACAAGAAAGUUGACGACCGGUAAUAAAUCAAUGAAACGAGAUGAUGUUAAAGACUACUCUCUUUCUCUUCCUGUGGAUCUGAUAAUACAGAUUCUUACGAAACUGCCUCCGAGAUCGGUGUCAAAGCUCAUCUGCCUUUCAAAAUUCUGGUCAUCUAUAAUCCAAGGGAAGCAUUUUGCCCACUUGUACAUCACUCGAUCUUCUACUCGGCCACUUCUUCUUUUCCAGUUCUUCUGUCGUGCUACGCAGUUCUAUCGCUGUUCCUCUCAGGAGAAUCCAUCUUCUGAUCAUAUCAUCAAUCCGAAAAACAUUCCAGGGCAUAUUAUUUCUACACCCUUCCGUGGCUUGAUCUGCGUUAGAGAUUAUGAUAAUAAGUUGCUUGUUGGCAAUCCUAGCACGGGACAGUUCUUAGCUUUACCUGGAGGCCAAACUGGAUCAAUCCUUUUUGGAUAUGAUCCGGUUACUGAUCUAUAUAAAGUACUUUCCACUUCCACUCGUAAAGAUGUUCAGCAUCGAGUUUUCACUUUAGGAGCUCAACAAGCAUGGAGAUCGAUCCACUGUAAGUAUCCUCACUAUUGCACUCGAAGUCAAGGUAUAUGCAAGAAUGGGGUUGUUUACUAUGGAGCUUAUAGUCUUGACGACGAAAGAUUUGUUCUAGUGUGCUUUGAUUUGAGAUUUGAAGAGUUUAGUCUGAUUACAUUACCUGAGGGUGUCCAAAUCAAACGAGAUGAUGACUUUGAAAUCGUGAACUACAAUGGAAAGAUAGCCUUAGUAGAUGACUCAACUAAUGGUAAAUUCGACUUGUGGGUUCUGAUGGAUGUUAACAAACAAGAGUGGACAAACAUUUCAGUCCUGGUUCCUUGUUGGGAAGAAUUAGUUGGGAAUACCGUAUUUGGGAAUAACUUAAAAUUCUGUUGCAGGGGUACUAUUAGUACCGGAGAGCUAAUAUUUGGGCCAUGCUUUUACCCUUACCGGUAUUUUAUUGUCUGUUACGAUCCCAAAGAAGACAAGGCUAGAAGAUAUGACUUUCUAGAAAACUGUAGUGUAGAAUUUAUUACUCGUAAGACAAUCUUCCUGGAUCAUGUAGAGAGUCCUAUGUUUCUUCCAAGGUGUUUAUCAGUUUGAAGAAUUUGCUGGUGUUUCAGUUCAGUCUCGUUAAUGUACCAUAUAUUAUUAGUAUGAGUCCUUUUUGGAAUUGAAACAACUGAUCACCCAUUUGUGGUUUGUUUUAUUUUAUGUUAAUUUAUGAAUUGGUAUGCU